AUGACCACAAAUGACGACUUGGUGAAGGGCCCAUUCACUGAUGACGAAGCCAAAAGAUUAACCAAAAAAUUCAACAGAUACAUGAAAAAACACAAUGUAACAAUGGAUGAGUUGCUGUUUAGAUGCGGGAGAAAUCCCUGUAUUGCAACAAAAUUGGCAUUAAAAAUCCUUCCUUACCGCGAUCCAAGAUCCGUAUAUAAUUUCAUCCGCCGCAGAUUAAGGCAAUUUAAAUCUGGACCUUGGCAACCACAAGAGGUACUAACUUUGAUUGAAUCGCAUAUUAAUGCUCCCAACAACUGGCGAGUUGUUGCCAAGAUUUUGAAUCGUUCACCAGAGCAAGUGCAAAGUAAGUGGCGUGAACUUCAGCCAAACAUUUCCCAUUUGAUCAAUGAAAUUCAAGCAUCAAGUAGCAAUGAUGAUAAACUUAGAAUGGUCAUUGAUUACCUUGUCCCAAAUGUAUCAUUUAGCAGGAAAAUGGAAGUUGAUCUGUACAAUUUGGCAAUCAAAAAUGUUUCCGGCGUCAAUGAUGAUAUAUCUUGGAAAACAAUCCAAUCAACCUUCCCAAAUUAUCCGCAAUCACGACUGAGACUACAUUUCUACAUGUGCUUGGUGCCACGAGUGCUAAAAUUAACAAAUCCUGAUUUCUCAGCACUGUUAUUAGGCCGAUACAUAUUAUAUCGUAUCAACAAGUUGUUUAAAAACCCGACUUUCAACUUUAUCGGACUAAAAGAUAUCCCAUAUAACAAAUUCUGCAAGAUAAUUUCACUAGGUUAUCAGCAAAGAUGCUUAAUCAAACUAUUAAGGAGGACUCCCGGUUAUUCUAGGGAUCUCACAGGGAACAAGUUGAAGAAUGUAAUAUUGAGUGCUUACAAUAUUUACAACGUAAAAUACCACAGACAUAGCGAUAAGAAAGUAAUUAAAUCGCUGCAAUCUAGAGGAUUACCCUCCAAAUACCCAAUUGACACUCACUUAUCUAGUACUUUGGGUGAUGUGUAA